UAGCAAUAGCAUAGCAUAUGGCGGUGGAGCUGCUACAAAUUGCGCUGAAGUGAGCCAAUUUCAGUUGGCGAAUUGCAGUCGCGUGUGGCAGUGAAGUGGCAGAGCAGCGAAGUACAGGAAUACUAAAAAAAUAUCAGCAAUAAAUGUUGUCGCAUUUGUCAAGCAAAAAUUUGUGAAAAAAUGUAAUAUUUUUAUUGUGGCAGCAGUAACAAAUACAUUGAGUGCAAAAACAAAAACAUAAAUAUAAAAAAGAAAUAUCAAAAGAUGUCUCGCUGAGAGUAAAUAGCAAUAAAAAGAAAUGUGUGAAGUGCGAAAAUAAUGUGAAGGCGUGAAAAUAGACGAUCAAUAAGAAAUAAAAAUAAACAAAAAGCUGCAAAGGGGGUGUAGAAUAAAGUGCUCAAUACAAAUAUAAAGUUUUAAUAAAACUAAAGAAACGAGUGUAAAUAAAUAAAGAGAAUCGCUCAUAAACUUUGCCGAAAAUAGCAGCAAAAUAAAUACAAUUUUCUACAUAUUUAAUUGAAUAACAAUCAGAAGAAAACAACAACAACAAAAUGCCGGAAGCUACAACAACUUUCCCCUAUGUGUACACACCGGAACCGCCCAAGAAGGCGCCCAUCAUCAAAGUCUCAUGUGGCAUCGGCGAUACGGAUGGAUUUCCCGCCUUUGAUGUCGACUCGGAUACCUAUGCGGCCAAAGACGAUCCCAAGUGGGGCUUUCUAAUCACAGGCGGCGCUGAGUUUCACAUGCCGUUGACCGUUUUUCAGGUGACGCCAGACGGUUUAGCAGACAAAGGUGGCAUCCGUUUGGGUGAUAUUAUACUAGAGAUUAACGAAGAAGACGCCACUGAGCUGACACUCACACAGGCGCAUGAGAAGAUUGCAGUUUGUGGCAAGAAAAUCCAUUUCCUUGUAAAGAACAUGGAGGAAGAUCAAGAUUUCGAGUUGGGUGAGGAAAAGUCCAUUGUGUUGCGUGUGCCCAAACCCGCGCCACCGCCAAAGGUGAAAUCGGCCGCUUCGAUAGAGGCUCGCCUACGCGAGAUGCAACGUAAAUUAUCGGAAAUUGCGGAAAUACCGAAGAUACUCUCCUCCACACUGGCGACCGUUUCGCAAACAUUUGAGAAAUUAAAUCCGAGUGACUUGCAGCAACACCGCAAGCAUUCCUACGAUGAGGAUGCAGUGGAUUACGAGCUAAGUGGCGCCACCGCCGAACAGCGUCUCAAGUUGAAGGCCAAAGGCAAAGCAAAUGCCAAAACCGGUGAGCCAUACGGCGGUGCGAAAGUGUACUUGGCAAAAGACGCGACGCCGGAAUCGGAUUAUGCAUCGGAAGGCAAUUAUGAAUCAAAUGAAGCAGACACGGAUGACGAUUAUGAUGGCGGCGAUGGCGAUGGAAAUGAUGAUGAUGAAAAUGCUUAUGAGAGCAAAGCAGCUGAUUUUGAGGACGAUGAAAGUGAGGCGUGUAAUUAUAUUUCACGUGCCGGCGCUCUUGCAGGAACAGACGUUGGCAAUGAGUUGGAAGCCGCCACACCAUAUUCAUAUGUAACACGAAUGAGGCCGGCCAAGUCAAGUCAGCCGCUGCGAAAGCAAUACAAACAACAACAACAUGACAAUGUCAAUGCCGACGCUGCUGUUAUUGUAGCUGGCAAUAAUGUUGGUAACAUGACGGCGACGGAUUAUGAGGCUCAGCAUUAUGACGAUGAUGACGACGAGGAUUCUGACGAAGAUGUUGUGACUGCGAGACUCGCUGAUGACGACUCAGCUAGUGAUGAUGAAACAGACGACGUUGAUGUUGCCGGCAAUGGUGAUGACGAUGACUACGGCGACGACGACGGUGACGAUGACGCUGACGCUGAUUUCUUAACUGCCACCUAUACCUGGAAUUUGCACAAAAUAUCCCAGCUACAAUUGAAUGAUGAAAAACAAUCGGGCGACAAAAGCAAUUUAUACGAGAAGGCGCAAAUUGACACGGAUGACACGGACGAGGAGAAGCCAAAUAAGAAAGCGCGUUGGUGCCAUGCUGACGAUGAAUUGCAAAAGGAAAAACAUUUGCACUGCCUUGAUGACGAGGAUGAUAAGGAAACGAAGUUUUCUGAUAAAUUGGAACGCUCCUGGCCCUGGGCAGAUCGUGAGAAAAUUAUUUACAAGCAAUCAACUUGUCACCUGGUACGUCGACGUCCUUUGGGUUUGGUUGAGCAACGCAUCAAAUUGCUGGCCAAACAGAAUCUCAGCGACAGCUUAGAACGACAGCUGCACUGAAAUUGAAUCAUCGCAUGAAAAGGUUAUUGGCAAAAGUUGCAUUGACAUUGCGGAAUUGGCUUGAUAUGCCAUGUGAACUGCCAUUUUUAAUAAAUAUACUGCUAGUCAAAUUACAUACAUACACAUAUUGUUUAUAUAUUCCUUAUAGUUAUCGAAAAGAAAGUGUCAUAUUAAAUCGUUAUUUAGCUAUAUUAGCGCCCAUUUGCAUAUUUCAUUUUGAAUAAAG